CUUCCCCCCCACGCACGUUCCUAAACCGAGAGAUUGGGUCUUGGCACACCGAAGCGUCAAUCGGAAGAAUCGAACAAAGGAAAGCGGCCGAUGCAGAGACGACAGGCAGAAUUUUGAGAUGAGGUCCUAGCGAGAAAGAGCAGAAGAGCAACGGGACCGGGGCUGGGCCUCCUCUCUCCUCGCUCCUACCACCUAUCCUCUCUCUCUUCCUCUUUCUCUUUCUCUCCUCUCUUUCUCCGUACAGAAGAUGAAGGUCGGCGGCUUGGUUCAACUGGCGCUGCUGGGCGCGGCGCUGUUGGCGGUGACGCGUGUGCAGGCGUUGCCUGUCGGUGCCAAGGUGCAGACAAAGGCGUUUGUCUCGCCUCGCGCCAUGGAGAGGCACCUCGAGGUGCAUGGCCACCGCGGUGGACGAGGCGAGGCAAACGAGGAGACGCUGGCCGCGUACGCCGACGCCUUUCUUGCCGGUGCCACGCACCUCGAGUGGGACGUCGGCAUCACCUCGGACGGCGUGCCGAUCGCAUGGCACGACGAGAACAUCCAGGCGGCCAAGUGCCUCGAUCCGCCGUCGGGCGACCACGUCGUCGGCAAGUACAUUGCCAAUGUGACGCUGUCGCAGAUCAAGUCGCUCGACUGCGGCGCCCAGCGCCUCGGCAGCGACUUUAUGCUGCAGCAGACACGCAAGGGCGCGCGCAUCCAGACGCUCGACCAGGUCUUUACGUUUGCCCAGUGCGUCGAUGCGGGCCUGCCCGCGGCCAAGAAGAUCCGCUUCAACAUCGAGUCCAAGCUCAGCCCGCCGACGCCCAACACGACCGUGGGCCCGCAGGUGUUUGUGGACAAGAUGUACGCCGCGUUCCGCAAGCACCGCGUCGUCGACCGCGUCGUCUUUCAGAGCUUCGACUGGCGCACGCUCCAGCUCAUGGGCGAGCAGCACCCCGAAGUCGUCCUCUCGGCCCUCGUCUCCUCCGACGCAUCCUACCUCGAGCCGAUCUGGCUCGGCGGCAUCGACCUGAACCAGCAGCCGGGCUCGACGCUGGCCCAGCGCAUCGUGCACGCAGCAAAGAGCAUCAACGCAACCUACCUCUCGCCGAACCACAACCUCAACGGGACCGAGGUCAACCAGCCCGGGUAUGCACCCUUUGUCGACACCGACAUGGUCCGCGCCGCCCACGACGUCGACAUGAAGGUGAUUCCCUACACGCCAGACAGCCUCGACACGGCCGAGAAACUCGUGUACACCCACGGCGUCGAUGGCCUCAUCACCGACUACCCCACCACGUUCACCGCCUGGGCCCGCAGCAGGGGCUUCCAGCUGCCGCAGAAGCGCGACGUGGUGCGCGUCCAGCGCUGCCUCAAAGAGGCCCGUGCCCGCGACGACGAGCCGUGAUGAAACUUACCGUUUGUGCUACACACUUCGCUUCCCCACCAAGCCCGCCUCGCGGUGUCUUUCUUGGCUUGCUAACUAACAUAGAGGAUCGGGACAUAAAAGAAGAAUCAGAUUUCAAUUUUGGCGACAAUCUUUU